AUUUAUUGUGUUUUCAGUUCACGGUUGAGUCCUGUAUAAACUGCCUACCUGAAAUGUAUACAUAAGAUUUAAUCAGUGCAAAGUAAGGUGAGCCGAAGAGAAAGAGUUCAUGCUCGCUCUUAUGUUUGUAGUUAUUACCUGGUCUCCUUCCUAUAGAUAGAAUGGCAGAGAUUAUGAAGAAAGAAUUAGAUGUCAAGGACUUUGAGAUGACAUCUAUUGACACUGUAGAGGAUACAUGUUUUGUUAAUAUAUCUGAAAAUGAAAUAAAGAUGAAAAAUAUAGAAGUAAAAGAAGAAAACCUGGUUUACGAAUUUGAUCCUCUUCAAUCUGAACCAAAAAGAAUCAGGAAGAGUAAACACAGAUAUUCAUGUUCUCGAUGCGAAUAUUUUGCAUCAACAACAUGGCGUCUAAAGAUCCACGAAGAAAUUAAACACAUAGGAGUAAGAUAUCCUUGCCUUGAAUGUGAGCAUGCUGCAACUACAGCAAGUGAUCUAACACGACAUGUUAGAAAUAAACAUAAAGGAGUGAGAUAUGCUUGUUCUCAAUGCAAUUAUGCUGCAACUACAUCAGGUACUUUGAAGAAACAUUUAGAAAAUAAACAUGAAGGAGUAAGAUAUCCAUGUUUGCAAUGUGAGUAUGCUGCAACUACAGCAGCUGCUCUAAAAAAAACAUGUUGAAAGUAUACACAAAGGAGUGCGAUAUCCUUGUUCUCAAUGCGACUAUGCCGCAACUAAAGCAACCCAUCUGAAAAGACAUGUAGAAUAUAAACAUGAAGGAGUGAGAUAUCCCUGUUAUCAAUGCGACUAUGCUCCAACUCGAGCAUCUCAUCUGAAAAGACAUAUUGAAAGUAAACAUGAAUGAGUAAGAUAUCCUUGCCCUGAAUGUGAGCAUGCUGCAACUACAGCAAGUGAUCUAACACGACAUGUUAGAAAUAAACAUGAAGGAAUGAGAUAUACAUGUUCUCAGUGAUUAUGUUGCAUCUCAAGCAGGUGCUCUGAAAAUUCAUGUUGAAAGUAAACACAAAGGAGUAAGAUGUCCUUGUUCUCAAUGCGACUAUGCCUCAACUCGAGCAACGAUCAUCUGAAAAUUCAUGUUGAAAGAAAACAUGAAGGAGAUAGAUAUCCUUGUCCUGAAUGUGAGCAUGCUGCAACUACAGCAAGUGCUCUAAGACGACAUGUUAGAAAUACACGUGAAGGAGUGAUUUAUACAUGUUCUCAAUGUGAUUAUGUUGCAUCUCAAGUAGAUAACCUUAAGAUACAUGUUGAAAUUGAACACAAAUUAGUGAAAUAUCCAUGUUCGCAUUGUGAGUAUGCCGCAGCUACAGCAAGAGAUCUGAAGAGACGUGUUGAAAGUAAACAUAAAGGAUUAAGAUUUCCUUGCACUCAAUGUGAGAAUGCCGCAACUACAGCAGGAAAAUUGAAGAUUCAUGUUGAAAUUAAGCAUGAAGGAGUGAGACAUUCUUGUUCUCAAUGUAAUAAUAUUGCAUUUGACAGAAGUAUUCUGAAAAAAAACAUAUUAAAUAUAAGCAUACUAUAAACUUAAUAGAAACUCAAGUAUAAAGAACCCAAUAAAGGCAACUUUACAAAGAGAAACU